AUACAUAAGCGCGCCUCAAUAGCUACUUAGUCAACGCGGGUCAAAUAUUUUACUAUUCUGUUGAGGCGGGCUUUUUUGGUGUUCGCUUCUACAGAAGCUGUUGAAGGGGGCUUUCCUUGCCCGCCUCAAUAGAUAGAAGCUGUUGAAGGGGGCUUUUAAUUGCCCGCCUCAAUAGGGUCUCUCUGUUGAAGGGGGCUUUUAAUUGCCCGCCUCAAUAGGCUACAUUAAAUUUUAAAAAAAUAAAACCACCGCCAAACAGAUCGAUAAGCUUCUCUUCUCUUCACAUCUCGUCGUCGUACUUCACAUCUAGCUCUUCCAACGCAUACCUAUCCUCACCGCGCGACUCCACCACCACCAUAACCACCACCACCACCUUCCUCACCGCGCGGCUCCACCACCACCAUCUGAAGGAGAGUUUCCCCACCGUCGUCUUCCCUAUCUCGGUUGACUCUGUUUCACACAGUGCCGCAAUAUAUCAAGGUUAGGUUAUAAUUGAUUCUUGUUUUGCUUGGUCUUAAAAUUCAGUUUCUCUUCAAUUAGUUGAGCAUAAUGAGUUGAUUAUGCAGAGAAUUUAGGCUAAUGUUUCAAUAUUGGAUGAAUUUACAAAUUAGGGUUUGAUAUUUGUGGUUUUUCUAGUUCAGUUACAAAAUAGAUGUUAGGUUAAAUUUUUCUAGUUCAGUUACAAAAUAGAAGUUAGUGAUAUGGGUUUUGUGUCUAAAUGAUGAAGGUCUCUUUUAUGGUGAUGGUUUAUGUAAGCUAUGUGAGUAGCUCGAUCCAAAGUAUGCAGAUGAAAUGAAGUGUUUGAACUUUUAAGUGGAGCGAAUCGAUAUGAAUCUGUUGAAAAUAUGUCUGCAUAAAAUAUACUCAUGUGUUCAUUGUAAUAUUGAUAGUUUAUUAAUGAUGUAAACUAAUCGUUGAUAUUGGAUUGUAGCUUUAUAGGCUCUAAAAUUACCAUAGCUUGAUGUAUUCACUAUAGUAUAUUGUGAUGUUUUUUGUACACGCUUAUCUACAAUAUUCUGAUGUAUGACAGUGGAGACUGUUGUUGCUGCUGCUUUGAUUUUCAAGUUCUUUUAGUUCCAUUUUUAUUAUGCUACAAUAUUGCUCUUGCUAUUGUUGAGUUCCUAUUCUGGGGUUUUGUGAGAUCGGAAACUGUCCAUAGACAGCUGCCUGUGGGGCUUUGACAGGUUCAACAAGGACUAAAAUAGGUGCAACAAUAAACUUUGUCACCUUCUACUUGGUUGCAUUGCCUGUACUAGUUGUUAUGGCAUUUUCGGUCAAGGUUGGAUUUAUCGGUCUGUGGUUUGGGCUCGCAGCAGCUCAACCAGCUGGUGUACCUGAUGCAACCAGCUGGUGUACCUGAUAUAGCCUGCUACAGUAUCUGAUAAUAACGCAGAUUGUAAACACUUCUUUAUUGCAAGUAUUAUGUUAACGGUGUGAAAAAAACUAGUCUGCCCCCCUAGAGAUUUUUUUAGUCUUUUUUUGUUUCUUGGUUAAAAAUUUAAUCAAGCCAGGUCGUCGAGCACCUGUCAAAAUUUGAAAAUGUAUGCACAGUCCGCAGCAAACCUCCGUGCCUCUUCCUUUGCCGAGGACCAGUCUCAUAUUAACUAGUUCUACUUACAAGGCUUUUGACUAUGGCUGAGUAUGAGUAGUGCCAGGUGCUUGUAGCUUAACUCUUGCAUAGUUGCAUGCAUAGGGGCUCAUUCAGUUAUCCAUCCUGUUGCAUGGAAACAAACUGUGGUUUGAUAUUUAACUUAAGAAAGGACUUUAAUAACCAAAUUAGGAGAUUCUAUAGCUAUGUUAUUUUAUGUGGAGCUUUUUCCUUUCUGUUACUUUUCAACUAAAUCUAAUAGCAUUUGCUUACUUCUAAUUUUCAAGGGAGAUGAAGCAUCAUUGCAAAAAGCGCUGCAUUUGGUGUACAACCUCAAUCAGGACUGUGUAGAUGUUCUGUUUUAUGCUUCUUGGUGCCAGUUCUCGAGGAACUUCAGACCAAGCUAUUCAACCCUGUCUUCCUUAUAUCCAUCUAUUCCUCAUUUUGCAAUAGAAGAAUCAGCCAUCAGACCAAGGUGUAAACUUGGUGAAUGUCGUAUCCUCUUAUGUGAGCCAGGUUCCAAGCACAGGUUGCAGAAAUUGCAGUUGAAUUUUCCUAGGACCGUAGCUACCAUGGAUGAUCAUCGUGAUAAUGAAAUACAGGGAAUUGAUGGAGCUAGUCAUCCUACGGGGGAAUCACAAGGUACCAACACUAGUAAAAAGACCAAAUUCCGUGGUCCGUCAAAAGGAGUUCAAGCCAAAAAGCCUAUGCAUCUUCAGUAUAAUCAAUAUGGAAUCCCCGAUGGAGAAUGGUCAGGAGAAUACGGGAAGCAAGUUGGGUCUUGUGCUGCUAGAAUUAACAUUAAUGUGAAAGAAUAUUCAACGUUAGAUGAACACACAAAGAAGGGGUUUUGGGAGGAGACCAAGCUUCUGUUCCACAUUAUUGAUGAUCCGGCUAAAAGGAGAGAAAAAUAUUUUCAUAUGUGUGUGGCGAAACGCUUUGGAGCUUUCAAGUCCAGGUUAACGCGGCGUUGGAUAACUAAGAAAGAAAAAAUGCCGAAACAUCAGACAAAUGACAUGCCUUGGGACAUCUACCAUCAAAUCACAGAGGAUGAUUGGAAAACAUUUGUGAUAGAACGAAACAAGCCGGAGAUGUUGGUUCGUAGAGAAAAAGCAAGUAAAAGUGCAUUACAAAACAAGCACCCACAUCGCACAGGCCAAAAGGGUUAUGUUAGAAAGAGACCAGAGUGGAUAAAUGAUGGGCGACUACCGCCAGAGGCAGCUUUAACCCUCUCAAGUGGCUCCUCCUCAGUGACCUCAUCACUCACCACAGCGCCAGAUAGAUUUAAGAAGUUUAGAUCAGUAGAAUGGAUCUUGGCUCAUCAAGUUAAAAACAAAGAGGGAAAGUGGGAAGUUGACCCGAAUGAUAAAGAAGCCGUAAAUAUUGCUAAGAUGGCUUUGGAGUACAUAGAAGAAGAGGGAAAAGGAAAUAUUUCAUUCACCCAGGGAGAAGAUGCCCUCACCAAGGCUAUGGGAAAAAAGGAUCACCGUGGGCGUGUCAAGGCAACAGGUGGAGUUAAUGUCGGUUACAAAGUUGCUUUCGGUCCAAUAGACCGAAGUAGUAGAUGUGGCCAUAUUGAACCAUCACCGGAGGCUAUCGAAUCAAUCAGAGCUUCGGUGAGAAGGGAGUUUGAAGAUCAAUUAGAGAGAAAGGUGGCGGAGGCCCUCCAAAACCAACUAGCCACAUUGAAAGCAACCGGUCAACUACACACCCUCUCUACCCCCGCACUUGAUUCUGCUCUUGUAAGUGAUGAGUUUGAUGUUAACCGUGCACUCGUAACCUGUUGUCCGAGUUCAUCGCAGCAACCACGCGAGCUGAAGGCCAUAACUCCAUGUCGUCUUGCCCUUGAGGAUAAAGUUUUGGGUAACAAAGUGAUAGUGGCAGAUGGUAUGGCGUACCCAUUGGAUGGUUCGUUGCACCAACACUUUAGAUCGAUGAAGCCUAGUCAUUAUAAGGUCCAAGUUGAUUGUAUUUACGACGGACAUGAUGAUGACACUCUUCCGGUACCUACUGGAGAUGGAUUCAAUAACUUAGGCAGGGCUCUUGCUAGUUUUGUGCAAUGGCCAAUUCACUUGGUGAUUUUCGAAGAAGACGAGGAGUACUCUACUCCACGCCCAACAAAGAAGUCCAGGAGUCAGAUUUUUGAAGAGGUGGUUGGUAGCUCCAAAGAGAAGAAAAACGAAUUAAUUGUCAAAGAGAAGACAACAGAAUUAGUUGUCAAAGAUAAGACAACAGAAUUAAUUGUCAAAGAGAAGGCAACACUUGAUUUAGGGUCCAAAGAGAAGACAACACUGAAGUUAACGGCCAAGGGAAAUUCAUGCUCAAAUAAGUUGGAGUCGAAAUCGAAGUCGAAGAACUCUAAGACGGCCAAAGAGAUGGUAGGUAGUUGUGAUCGUAAAACUGAAGAAUCAGCCGCCAAAAGUAAGAAGCAAAAUUUGGCAGACGACACAAUUCAAGGUCUUGGCCCAUCAUGCAAUUAUUUGAAGUUUAUCAUCAAUACGGCGCCCGGUGAUGUAUAUAAAAAUACUUCAAUCCCAUUGCCCGCUUCGGUUUGGCAUUAUGACGAAGAUCGACAAACUUAUGUAAAUGAGGUUGACGUUGAAGAGUUCCUUAGAGGGGCGUGCCUCAACAUUUCAGUGAUCCAAGUCUAUAUGAUGUGUUUAUUCCACGAACACACCUUUGCAUUUGACAACUCUCAGAUUGGGUUUGUUUGUCCCGAGGCAAUGUCAAGCUCUAGAAUCAAGGCCAACCCUCAGGCUGCAUCAAUGUAUUUGAAAGUAGUUUUCAAUGCUGAAAUUGAAAAGGAGAAGAAGGGUGAUCCUAACAUUACCAAGUGGUUUUUGAUCCCAUACCAUCAAGAAAAUCAUUGGAUUUUGUACGUGUUAGACCUACGUAGAGGUUGUGCGUAUAUUUUCGACUCUGCGAUAGGUUCCAACCGAGAAAAUAGUGCAUGGGGAAUCUUGUGUUUGGCAUACCAAGUGUACAAGUUUAAUGAUGGGAUUUGUCCGAAUAGAGCGACUAUGCAGGGGUUGAAAGGCUUCCAUGUAAAGUGUGCUCAACAAGUCGGCGCCCACGAGUGUGGCUAUUACGUUAUGAAGUUCAUGCAUGAAAUAGUCACGUUACACCAUAACACUGAUGAGCGGUUAGACAAUGCUUACACUCCAAGAAAUGUGCCUUAUACCGAUGAGGAAAUAGAUGUGGUUCGUGAGCAAUGGGCUAAGUUUUUUACAACCGAGUAUUUAUUUACUUAGGUUGUUUAGACACAAAGAUGGAAGCGUUUAUAUCUUCAUGGAUUUGGCUAGGGAUCGAGUCGAUUGGAAGAAAGUCAACACGACCUUACUUAAGGUUUGUAAUGCAUGAUCUAAAGGGACCUAAGUGGCUGGAUUAGAGACAUUUGUUAGAUUAGCUCUCUAGCCUUUUGUCUUUAGUUGUUAAUAUUAGUUGUAAUUUGUUAGACUAGCUAGGUGUUUAAAAAUUGUAAACAUACGUACUAUAUAUACGCUUUGCUCUGUUGGGUUAAUAUAAAUGAAGUUAAUGUAAUGAUUUAUUUAUCAAAGAUAAGCAGAUUCAUACCUUUGCUAUUUUGGUGUUGAUUGGGUACAGGUUUCAAUACUCAAUGGAGUAUAUAUCUAGUUGUGGUUAUUGCCGCCUAUUUUAUAUUUUAAAAGAAUUUGGAAAAAAAAAAAUUAAU